UAUACGUCAGAUUACUUCGUAACUACUUUCUAUUGACUGUGCUUCAGUUCCGCUGAAUAUUACUGUCCUCCGACAGUCGAACAGCUUGCAUUUUGGAGACGACUCCUUUUUUUCCCACGAAAAUUUAUUUCGUAUAUGCUUUGCCUCCUUUCCCCCCUCACCAUUCACUCUUUUUCUUAAACUUUUAUCCUCCAUCGCUGGCGUGGGGCGAGUGCGCAGAGGCGAGUCGGACGAGUAGCGAGUGCGCAGUGUUGAGGCCGAUCCCAUAGUGUCGUGACGUGUGCGUGCAAGAGCGAGAGAGAGAGCGCGAGAAUCGUGUCAUGAAUAGUGUGUAUGUCGGAAAAUCUCCAAAAUGACGGAUUUGCCGACGGAUGUGGAGGUGGCAGAGGAGUAUCGUUCGUCGCUGGCAGAUCUGACGAUGAACUCGAAGCCCAUGAUAACGAUGCUGACGAUGUUGGCCGAGGAGAACCGCUCACACGCGGCGGUCAUCGUUGGGGUGAUCGAGAAACACAUCCAGCAGGUGAGGGAAUCCCGCCAUCUUGACUUCUGUUUUAGCAUCCUUAUUUCUGUUAGUGAAAGGAAGACAAAGCGUGCAGCAUUAGGAUAUACGGGAUAUAAUGUUAUUUGUGGAGGAAAGCAUUCAAUUUUAGGUAAUAUAUAAAAAGAUGGCUAGGCU